AUGUGCGAUGGUAGUAGCUCAUGGAAAGAAAGUCAAUUGCGGAAUUAUGAUAUUCCUUUAAAAAGUGUGCCGAAACUCUCAUUUGAUGAUCCCAGAGUUGAACAACUAAUAUCAGAGAAUAAACCUGUCAUUAUUACUGGCUCUGAUUUGGUUUAUUCUGCUUCCAAAUGGAACUUAGAAUAUCUAGAGAAACAUAUGGAAAGUUCAACCUGUACUGUCAUAAUGUCUCCAAACCAUAUUUUCAAGUAUUUUGAUGAAAAAGCAAUUACUCCUGCUAUGAAAAAUAAAUUUGUACCCCCAACAAGAAAAGUAUCAAUGAAAAUUAGUGACUUUUCCAAGAGACUGAACAAUUGGAAAAGUGGAGAAGAAAGGUUGUAUCUACAGCAAACCCUAAAUAACACUGUAGGGCCUGCUAUAGUUCAAGAUUUCAUCAAGUUUCGAUGGGACUGGAUAACAGCAAUUCAAAAAAAGAUGGCUUGGGGCCCUCUUACAUCCAAUUUAUUAUUGAUAGGAAUGGAAGGUAAUGUAACACCAUGUCAUUAUGAUGAACAACAAAACUUUUUUGCUCAAGUCAAAGGCUGGAAAAGGGUUAUCUUAUUCUCGCCAGAACAUUACGGAUGCUUGUAUCCUCAUACUGUUUUUCAUCCUCAUGAUCGUCAAAGUCAGGUGGAUUUUGAAAAACCAGAUUUAAAUAAAUUUCCUAGAUUUGAAGAGGUUCAAGGAGAGGAAGCUAUCGUUGGCCCAGGAGAAGUUCUUUACAUACCUGUUUACUGGUGGCAUCACGUAGAAUCUUUACUUAAUGGUGGUUACACUGUAUCCAUUAACUUCUGGUACAAGGCUGGUCCCACAGUUGAUAUUAUUUAUCCUCUUCAAGGACACCAGAAAUUAGCCAUCAUGAGAAACGUUGAAAAAAUGUUAAUCGAAGCGCUAAAAGACCCAGAAGAAGUCGGUUCCUUAUUUAGAGCUAUUGUUCUCGGAAGAUACACUGGAGAUUCAUAG